ACUUAACCCUCCCCCGACCCCACUUUGUGGGAAUACACUCGGUAUGUUGUCGUCGUUGUUGUUGUCGUCAUCUUGUUUCCUUAUCAGUAUUGUUAGUAUUACCCUCCAACUAUCUUAUUCUUCAAUUUUAGAAUUACUUGUUGUCUCCUUGGCUCCGAUUAUCAUAUCGAUCAUUUAUUGCUGUCACAGUUCGAUGAUCUCUUCUGCAUUGUUUUCAGUAUGACUUCUUCACUACUGUAUUUGUUUUACAUACUUGAGUGGAGGGUCAAGGUAGGAAUAUGGUUGUACAAACGCCACCCUCCCGAAACCCUAUUGGCCAGUGAGAUUACACUGAAUAUGUUAUAUAUUGUAGUCGUUGUAAUAGUAUUUAUUAUUCUUUUUUUUUCCAGUGGUUACUGACCCUGAAGGGGUGAAAAAUGUGAUGCAAACAUCACAAAGGAUGGUGAAGAGAUUUUUUGAAAUUCUAAGUAUGACAGACAGAUUGGAUUUCCUAACUUCCUCAAAAUUGAAUAGUGGAGAUAGGGUUUCCAUUAGAACAAAUGAAGAAAUUACUCUGUCACCAAAAGGAUGGAUUGUCACUGCUGCUACUUCUCUAUGUCUUCCUCUUUCAUUCCAAACUGUUUUUGAUUUCUUCAAAGAUGACAAGACAAGGCAUGAGUGGGAUCUUUUGACCAGUGGGAAUAAUGUGACUGAAUUAACUCGAGUACCAACAGGAGCUUUUCCAGGAAAUAGUGUUACAAUCAUUCAGCCCUAUGUGCCAACAGAGAGCAACAUGUUAAUGAUUCAAGAGUCCAACAUUGAUGAAAUGGGAGCAUUUAUAAUAUAUGCACCUAUAGAUUUACCAACAGUCACUUCAGUUAUCAAUGGAGGUGAUGCCACAAAAGUUUCCAUUUUGCCCUCCGGUAUCACCAUAAGUCCCGAUGGUCAACUUGCAUCGAACAGGAAAAAUACUGGAAAUGCACAAGAUGGUUCAAUUUUGACAGUGGCUUUUCAAAUAUUGAUUUCUGGCGAUAAUUAUCCGAUGAAUCAGCAGAAACAUAUGGAUGCAGUGGCUUCUGUUCAUGGCCUUUUGAGCUCCAAAGUUUUAAAAGUCAAAGCAGCAUUGGGUUGCUCUGAUUGAAUAUUAUGGUGGUUUAGUUUCAUGUUGUUUGUUUGUUUGUUUUUGGAGAUUUUAAGACUUAGACAAAUUAUGGUUUUGAAGGAUGAUGUGUUUCCCUUCUUUGUGACUUAUGAAAA